AUGGGGGUCUUGAAUGGUGACCGACGAUGGCUGAUAUUGAUGAGGUUUUUUGUGCAGCGGAAGGCGUGGUAUUCGGGGGUAUGUGGGGCUGGUAAGGAAGAUAUGGUAGGAAAGGUGGUGUUAGGCGACAAAGGAGCGGGGGUGGCAGGGGUAAAGGAACCGGCAGUGGGUUUGAUAUCUGGCCUACGGAGAUAUCAGCAGGAGUGCAUUGAUCAGUGCAUCGAUUGCAUUACGCUGAAGGGUCAGCGACGGAUAGGGGUAUCUUUGGCGACGGGUGGUGGGAAGACAGUGAUAUUUGCUAAUCUGUUGCAGCAGUUACGGGAGCGCCAGGUACGAGGAGGGGUGGUGGGGAGCGGUAUGGCGGGAUUUCGAACGUUGGUUUUGGUGCAUCGAAGGGAGCUAGCGGUGCAGGCUUCGCAGACUAUCAAGCGAUUUUUUCCUGGGUUGAAUGUACAGGUUGAGAUGGGGAAAUUGAGGGCGGAUGUGGUUGGUGCCGAUGUAGUUGUUGCAUCUUUGCAGAGUCUGAUACGACGGUUGGAGGAGUAUCCUACGGAUAGUGUUAAUCUGAUUAUAAUUGAUGAGGCACAUCAUGCUGUGGCGAGGUCGUAUAUUGAGGUGCUGCGGCACUUUGGUGCGGACGUUGUGGAUAGCCGGGUGCCUGUUGUUGGUUUUAGCGCGACGUUCGAGCGUGCGGAUCGAAAGGCUUUGUCACGUGUGUUUGACGAGAUAGUGUUUCAUAAGGGCAUACUCGAGAUGAUCGACGAGGAGUGGCUCUGUGAUGGCAAGUUCACUACUGUAGAGAUUGGCGCCGAUCUAACGGAUGUAGCGGUUGCCGGUUCGGAUUUUCAGGUGGGUAGUUUGUCCAGAGUCAUGAAUACCGAUUGGGUUAAUAAGGUGAUUUUGCAGACCUACUUGCACAAGAAAAAGCUCCACAACCUCAAGUCCACUAUUCUUUUUGGUGUCGACAUUGCCCAUGUUACAACUCUGUGCGAGUUAUUUCAAAAACAUAAUAUCGGAGCGCAAUACGUCACUUCUAAAACCAGACUUACCGAGAGGGACUCAUUGCUUGAGGAUUUUCGUCAAGGGCGCAUCGAGGUGCUGAUGAACUGUGGGAUAUUUACUGAGGGGACCGAUAUUCCAAAUAUAGACUGUAUAUUGUUGUGCAGGCCCACUAAAUCGCGGACUUUGCUUGUGCAGAUGGUUGGCCGCGGCCUAAGAAAGCACCAUACGAAAGAUUACUGUCAGGUAGUGGAUUUUGUUGCCUCAUCGAGGGCCGGUGUCGUUUCGGUGCCUUCACUUGUGGGCAUCGAUCCUGAAGGCAUGCAGUUUGACGAAGCUACGUUGAAAGAUUUAGAGCUUGUGAAGCAAGAGUUAGAGAAACGAAGGCUGGAAGUCGAACAUCGGGAUGCAUUGAAACUCGAAGAGGCCAGGGAAUAUGCAAGAAAUAUUGAUGCACGGGUUGAGGAACUGGUAGGUUCCUUGAGCGCACUGGACCUCACGCUAACGUCCUACGACAACUUUAGGUCUUAUUACGAGACAGUAGCAAAAGGUGAAGAGGUUAGCGUUAACGAAAUGACUAACCAUCAAAAGGAACUCAAGCUUUUCAAGGACUCGGUAUAUCCGUGGGUAAAGCUAGGCAACGCGUCAUGGGGCAUGGAUAUAAGUCAAGGGCAUCACAUUAGAAUUUACAAAAUAAAAGAUCUAGAGAACCCCAAGGAGUCCCUUUAUGAACUCAAGUUUUUUAGGAAACUGCCAUACCGAGAAGGUAGGGUUGUCAAGUACAGUCCCAGAACAAUAAUAAAAAGCCUGGAUCUAGUAGAAGUCAUUGGUGCAGUAGAGGGUUUGAUAAACAACCUGCAACUAUCGCUGAUAGCAUCCUCUCCAUCAUCUAAAGCACCCAAGAAUUUUACAAAGUACUCUCCAUGGAGACAGAUGGCUGCCACUUCCAAGCAGAAAAAAUUUGUUGAAACGUUAUUAGAGAAGCAACUAGAUAAAGAUGAACAGCUGAAAGAACUUUUGACUAAAAAGAAUAUCAAAGACUUCGUUUCUAACAUCAGCAAAGGUGAGGCGUCGAAUAUCAUAUUUGGGAGUGCACAAGCUCCAGUAUAUUUAACUACCGCCGUUUUAAAAUCAUUGGCACGGAAAAUAUGUAAUAAAGUAACUAAGUAA